AUGGCACACAGCUGUUUCUCUGGGCCCUGCUUGCCGUCAGCCUCCACCAACUCCGUCUGCUCCAGUGAUAUGAGCCGAAGCAGCAACGUCUGCAUGCCCAGCUCAUGCCUGGGGGGCUCCUCCUGGCAACUGGACGACUGCCCAGAGAGCUGCUGUGAGCCCUGCGGCUGCAGCGGACCCUCCUGCUGCCCAGCCCCGUGCUGCCCUCCUGCCUCCUGCCUCACCCUCGUGUGCCGACCAGUCUGCUGCAUGCCCGCCUCCUGCCAGACCUGCCCAGCUGUCUGUGCCCCCUCCUGCUGCCAGUCCACUGGCUGUGGAGCUUCCUGCUGCCAAACCUGUCCCAGUGCCCCCAUACAGUCCUGCUGCUGUGUGCCCAUGUGCUGCAAGCCCAGCUGCUGCAUCUCCCUGCCUGUGUGCUGCAAACCCAGCUGCUGUGUGACCUCUGCCUGCCCAGUACUCUCUUGCAGCCCAGUGCCCUCCUGCUGCCAGCCUCCCUGCUGCCAGCCUGCUGGCUCCAUGCCCCUGAGCUGUCGACCAGUGUGUAGCCCAGCCACCUGCUGUGUACCUCUCUCCUGCAAACCCACCUGUUGCACCACCUCUUCCUCCUACUGCUGCUGUGGUCCUUCCUGUUGCUGUGCCCCGUCCUGCUGCCCCACCUCCUCUGUGUCCCUCAUCUGCCAGCCUACCUGCUGCAGGCCCUCCUGCUGCUCUACCUCCUGUGGUCAGAAAUCCUGCUGUUGAAGCCAGGGCUCUGCUCUCUCUCCACCCUGCUACCCCCUU